UUUAAUUUAGAGCUCUCCAUCAAGUUUGUGACCGGGUCUUCCUACCAUCUUUAUACUGGACAGCAGGGCGGGCUAGGGGGGAGACGGUCAGGCAGGGACCAAAAGGAACUCGCUGGAGAGUUCAAAGUACUCACUGAGCGCAGAUUAGGUCAGAGCAGCGCUGAUGCCAACAGCCUGCACUUGACUUUGAUACAGGCACUUGCUGCGCGGAGGACUGGAGCGCACAGCCUCAAACUGCAGGAGAAAACAUGUCUCGUUUUAUCGUCCGACUUUCGCUCGUCAUCGCUCAGAGAGCGGCUGCCAAGUCCGUAUUAUUGCCCAAGACUAGAGUCCCUGCUUUCAUCCGCCCUGUCUCCACGAAUUCAGCCUUUCAGCGGUCUCUAUCUGAACCAUAGUGAAGUAGGGAUGUAUCCGUGUGUGUCCUGCGACCCUCCCCUCUUCAGACCUCUCGUUCUCUCCUCUAGUUCAGAGGUGAAGUAUGACUCGGGCACGGGCUGGCCGGCAUUCAAAGAGGCUCAUGGGACAUGGGAACGCGACAAGAGCCACAUAUCCAUCAUCCGUCACCCUGACAACACCCUGGGUAGUGCAGAGACAGAGGUCGUCUGUAAACAUUGUGACGCCCAUCUGGGUCAUGUGUUUGAGGAUGGACCGGACCCCACCGGAGAGAGGUUCUGCAUCAACAGCAUCUCUCUCAACUUCAGGCCCAGAGAACCCGGACCCGGCGACCAGUAGAACCCAGAACCAACCUUCAAACCCAGAGAACACAAACCCGAGGGCCAGUAGAACGCAACAGGCCCAAUAUCUGGAUCCCUAACCAGAGAUCUCAGCAUCAGGAAUACUGUUUUAUAUGUCUGUAUCUGAUCAUAGAUGAGCUUUUGACAUAUUUACCUGGCUGUGUGGUCUUCCCAACCAUAGCCACAACUACUGUACAUUAUACAGUGCCUUCGGAAAGUAUUCAGACCCCUUGACUUUUUCCACAUUUUGUUACAUUACAGCCUUA